GAAGAAGAACAUGCGUAAGCUUCCGUUUCUCACAGGGGCGCGGCGUUUUCGAAAUGAAAUGGCUGAGAAACAUUCCACGUCCAAACUCAAACGGAAUAAAUCGUCUGUUAAAGACCUCCAGCCGGUAAUUAGUUCACUGAAGAGGAGUCACACGGCGUCGUGUUCCAGUGGGAUCACAGCUGGCAGGUCGGUGUGGUGGAGCAGCGAGCAGCUGCCUGCGGAGGAGAGCCUGUGGGUGUUGGUGCUGAAGUCUGCUCUGCCCUACCUGGAGAAUCAGCACUGGGACCUGGUUCCAGAUCUUCCGCAUCCAUCUGCAGCGAAACCCACAGCGAUAAAGCCAGAUGAACAGUGGUGGUGUGACCUCAGCGAAGAGGUGGCCCCCUUUCCUGAACCCUCUCCACCUUCUCCGAGGACUUCAUGGAGUCCAGAUCCUGUCGGUAUCCGCUCCUCCCAGCAGGACCUCUCAGUACACACCCAACUUGGACCAGAUUCGCCCGCCAGACCGGCGUCGUCUCACAACAGGCAAAGUCAAGACGGCAAGACAACAUCUCUACAAGCCCUCGCCAAGAGACCACCGCCAUCCCUCCACAGCUGGGAGGGGCUGGCAUCAUCAGCCGGACCAUUGAGUGUAGGAAUACACAAGGGGAGGACAGGAAGAGAGCAAGAGGAAGACACUGGACCGGUCAGCAGACGGCCUCUCGCAAACCAGGUGAAGGUGUCUAACAGCCGAGUUUGUCUGCAGAGGCAGGAGGAAGAGGAGGUGCACACAAGUGUCAGAGGAGAUGGAGAUGGAGGAGGAGGAGGAGGAGCAGCAGCAGCAGCAGCAGCAGCAGGGGGGAGGGGAGGGCUGCGGAGCUGCCCCAUGUGUCUGAUGGUGUUCCCUGUCGGGUUCACCCAAAUGGACUGUGACGGCCACCUGGCCCAGUGUCUGUCAGAGGUGAAUGUGGACAUGACCUGGUGAGCCGACAGCUGGCUGCCGUCCAGGAGGAGAUGCACACACACUCGGGAUCAUAUUGUGGGUUUCCCAUGCGUCCUGGGAAACCUGGAAAGCAGUUAACCAAUUUUCGGGGUGGGUGAUGUGACCUAAAACUUAAAUCACAGUAUUUUCGAGGGUCUUUGAGUAACUGUAAUAUAUCAUGUUAUUACAAGAUUAAAAGGGAUACUCAAAACGCAAUUCUCUGUAAAGGAACAUAUGUUGAGAAAGCAAAAAUAGAUAUUGGCUCCAGAUAAGAAUGAAUAUAGACCCACGUGUGUUUUGGCUCACCCCAUAAUGUAAAUGGAAUAUUGAUUCCUUCAGAGUUAGUAGCAGCCAUACUGUUGUUUUAUGUUGUGAAUGAACUCUGUGCGCCAACACAUAUAGAACAAGUUUCUGUGUUGUGACCAAACGUUAUACUGGGGACUUAAUACAUUUGUGAAAACAUGGAAAAUGAGAGGUAAAUUAAAUGUGUGUAUGAAUGUUAGUUACUGCUGAUGGGCACAUGGAUCCUUAGCCCCUCCCAUCAAUGUGUGAAUGCGCCUUGAGUGGUCAUAGUAUGUCAUCAAAUAUUUCAUUGUAUAGUUUAUCAUAACAUAAGUUGUUAAAUAGUGUGCCCCAUAGACUAAGAAGUGGACGUAGUCAUCGUUGGUUUGUAACAACUGAACAAACUGAAGCUCUGCUUCAAUGCAGUUUUCAAAGACUCCACUGCAGAUGUUUUAAUAUUAAUUUCUAGUACACUUCAAGUUUGUAUUAUUUGUAUCAAAUAAACACAGAAAAAGGUGUUAGUUAGAUGAUGAAUAGUGGAUUAUUGCAAUGUUCUAAUCUCCCAGUACGAACAGAGUAGCGGUGAUCAGAGGAUGUGAGGAGGGCUCACAGCUGGAGCCUCUGCAAAGAGGAAGGACUCAUUUCACGGAAAACCAGUAUCAUUUUUAAUAAUUACACAUAUUUACAAAUAUGCAUUGAAGCAAAAUGAAGCAUAUCAAACCAGCAUUAUUUUGGAACAUGAAUCACGGACCGACUUCAUUCAUUUUUAGUUCAAGAUUUUCUGUUUCCUCGAUGUUUGAGUGGCCUUCACUGUUCUGCAAAGUGGUUUUCAGGACUCCCAGUUCAUCCUUUGGCCCCUCAAAAAAACAACCAAUGUGCAAACAGAUCAACUAAUGAUGGCGUUCAUAAAAUGCAGCAAAUGAGAUGGAGUUUGAGGGGUUGGAGGAAGAAGCCUCCUCGGAUGUUGGGGUGUGUGUGUGUGUGUGUGUGUGUGUGUGUGUGUGUGUGUGUGUGUGUGUGUGUGUGUGUGUGUGUGUGUGUGUGUGUGUGUGUGUGUGUGUGUGUGUGUGUGUGUGUGUGUGUGUGUGUGUGUGUGUGUGUGUGUGUGUGUGUGUGUGAAGGCCCUACAGCUAAUUGAGACCAUUUGACUCAGGAUCAGCUAAUUAAUCCUGUUAUGUGGUUUUCAGAUUCUAUCAGCCACAUCAGUCAAUGGAGAGCUCUUCACAGGCGUAGAGAUCAGCAGAGCUCACUACAGAGGCCUCGAGCUCUUUCGGUCAACAGAUCCCAGUCUUACUGAAACUGAAACGGCCUUAAACCUGAACCUCAACUCACGGCUUGUGCAUACUUGAUUUGACCAGCGCAGCACCGAGCUGGCUUCACACUGGGCAGCUGUUGGAGAGGUUUCCUAAUUUCAUUCAAGACAUAUGUGACCAAAUAAUUAAAUACAACCCAAGAAUGAGAAUCUGAUCAAGCAUUUGAUGCCAACUUUGGAUAGUUGAGAGUUCAAUAGUCAAUGUCAUGGACUCGUGGUCGGUUCUCUAGAAUAUUGGGCUUGGUGUAGUCCCUAAACCUGACACAAGAGGCAGGCUGAGUCCGAAGAAGAACAGCCGAUGCACAUGUUUAUGUAACUCUGUUGCUCUCCUGAAGGUUUCUUCCCUUUUUUCUAUUUUUGGGGAGUUUUUCCUGAUCCGAUGUGAGGUCAAAGGUCAGGGAUGUCGUAUGUGUACAGAUUGUAAAACCCUCUGAGGGGAAUUUGUAAUUUGUGAUUUUGUGAUAUACAAAAUAAACUGAAUUGAAUGAAAUGUGGUACAAAAUAAACUGUUGUGUUUGCAGCCUGCAUACAAGGACAUUCUUGCAUUUCUUGCCUCCUCAUGGUCACACAUGUUGGACUAUUAAGAUAGGUCCACGUUGAUAUGGACAGGUAUAAAAACAUAAUGGUAACAUGGUAUCUUUCAACCUGGACCCUAAGACCCGUGUUUUGGGGUCUAAGUGACUCAUGACAACAGUUUUCGACAUCGGUUCAAGGAGAACGUCGUUAAACGGGCUACAAAUCGCUCUGGGGAAGAGCUUGUUCUCCCCUGAAACCCCUUCAUGGAGAAACAGACCAAAGAUCUUUGAGAUGAUGGUCGGAGAAAGGCACCAGUCACCUAGAGCACUGCUAUGAGGAACAGAUCUGUAUGUAUUCUGAACAGGUUCAACAGAAAUAGUUCCUGACAAAUAAAAUAGUUCUUCAGUUAUCUGCAAUGAAGUGACUUCACGAGAGUUGACCAUGAAGUUUGGUGGAAUAAUAACAUUCUAUGACUCCUGCGUAAGGAUUGUGUUAUGCCGAACAACCACUGUUGAAAACAAUUUAUUACUGUGUGAAGCUCCUGUCGACUUUAUUAAACAAUAAUUUGUACAGAUCCAGAAUUAGAUGAGAGACCUGGGAAUAAAUCUGAAUUGUGCAGAAAUGGUGUUACCUCUAUUUUUACCUGUAUAUAUAAAUCAACAUAGUUCCUCCAUCAGCUCGACUCCACUCCAUAUACAUUGAACAAACAGAACAGUGUCAGUGUUGUGUGUUUCUCCCCUCGCCCCUUGUAGUUGCCACCUGUAGAGGCCAAUCCUGCUGCACCUGGGUUCCCGAAGGCAACUGGCCAAUCAGCUGAGGGCCCCGUUUGAAAAGGAGGAAGCAGGAAGAGUUUGGGGCGGUUUUUGUUUGACGCCAUGCAGACUGGCACUGCUAGGUGAGAAGGUCUGUGGUGAGAGGAUACGUAGAUACGUUGUGUUUAGAAACAUUAGGUUAUUGGUUGGUGCUCCUUCUGUAUUUGUUAUGGUAGAACAUUGUUAGAGAAGCAUGUGAAGCCAUUUAGUUUGUUUCUUUCCUAGAGGUAGUUAGCCAGGCCUAGUUUUAACUUGAUUUAUAUUUGUUUGGCACAACCACCACUGUCCCAACCUCUCCAACUUCAGGGAACCACAACCGCAUGUGAAUAAAUCUAGUUUAAAAACUCAUACUUUUGACCUUUUUUCACAUUCUUCUGCAAUAAUUUGCCCCUUUUGUUUUAGAUGUGGCCUAGAAGAGGAAACCUUUUUACACUCGACUAAAGGGUGAUGUGUCUCCAGUAUUCAUGGUGUUGUCCUUCUAUUGGACUUGUUUAUUGAGUAACGUUACAACAUGGAAUUAUCUCCCUCAAUAGGAAUGUGGCUCCUUGAAAUGGAUAGUUGGGUAAAGAAAAUAACUUAUUGGUUGAGGAAUAAGAGUACAAUUUUACAAGAUAUGGUAACCCUGCUUGGAUUAUAUGGUAAAUCUCCCAUCGCAUCACAUUAAUUGUGUCUAUUAUUUCUGUUAUUUAUCAUUUGAUGGUUACAUGCUCUAAGUCUGUGUUAAUGUGUUUGUCAUUUUAAAAAAGCGAUUGAAAAUAUCUGAGUUUUGUGUCUGAAAACACUAUGGAAAGAACCCUGCAGAUAAAUAAAACCUUUUUCUCUA